AGGGGAGGACUUCUUCCCAAGUCAGAGUAGUAAAGAAAACCAAGGUACAGCGGGAGCAGGUUGCAACCAAUGUAGAUAGAUUUAAAGGCGAAAGAACAGUUGUUUCCCAUUGCAGGAAAGUUUAGUGGAGGGGUAAAAUGAUCAAGUGUGCGCUGGGGAUGUUGUCUUUGUCGCUCCUGGUGACGUUCGCCGCCUGUAACGCUCCUCCGGUCCCGUUAGAAGACAUCCUCAUUGAGAAAACCUUCGUGCCAGAACAAUGUGUGCGCGCAGUCAAAGUGGGAGACUUUGUCAGGUAUCACUACAUUGGCACGUUUCCUGACGGGAAAAAGUUUGAUUCAAGCUAUGAUCGUGGGAGCACCUACAACGUGUUUGUUGGCAAAAAGCAGCUUAUUGAGGGGAUGGACAAAGCUCUGGUUGGGAUGUGUGUCAAUGAAAGGAGCCUGAUCAAGAUCCCUCCUCACCUCGCCUAUGGGUCAAAAGGAUACGGCGACAUUAUCCCAGCUGAUUCCAUCCUUCACUUUGAUGUUCUACUGCUGGAUGUGUGGAACCCCGAGGAUGGCGUCCAGAUCAACACCUACUACACUCCCUCCAACUGCUCCAGGAAGGUGGAAGUUUCCGACUUUGUGCGUUAUCACUACAACGGAACCCUGCUGGACGGGACACUCUUUGACUCCAGCCACACUCGCAUGCGUACCUAUGACACCUAUGUUGGGAUCGGGUGGCUGAUCGCCGGCAUGGAUCAGGGACUUCUGGGAAUGUGUGUUGGGGAGCGCCGCAUCAUCACCAUGCCUCCCUCCCUCGGCUAUGGAGAGAAUGGAGACGGUAGCGACAUCCCAGGUCAGGCGUCUCUGGUAUUUGAUGUGGUUCUGUUGGACCUUCAUAACCCCAGAGAUGGAAUCACAAUCACUAAUCAAAUUGUUCCUGAGUCCUGUACGAGGAAGACGGUGGCAGGGGACUUUGUACGUUAUCACUACAAUGGCAGUCUGCUGGAUGGGACCUUUUUUGAUUCCAGUUACUCUCGUAAUCACACCUAUGACACGUAUGUGGGUCGAGGGUAUGUGAUCGCUGGCAUGGACGAGGGCCUCAUUGGAGUUUGUAUUGGCGAGAGACGGACCAUCACCAUCCCACCACACCUCGCUUAUGGAGAGGAGGGCACGGGCUCUAAGAUACCCGGUUCAGCUGUGCUCGUGUUUGAUAUUCACAUGAUCGACUUUCACAACCCGUCUGAUAACACUGAGAUCACUGUGACCUACAAGCCAGCAGAGUGUGACAAGCAAACCAAAAAGGGAGACUUCAUCAAGUAUCAUUACAAUGGUACCCUGCUGGAUGGGACGCCAGUCGACUCCACGUAUAGUUAUGGAAAGACAUAUAACGUUGUCCUCGGGGCCAACCAGGUGGUGCCGGGGAUGGAGGACGGUCUGAUAGACAUGUGUGUGGGAGAGAUAAGACGGCUGAUUAUCCCCCCUCACCUGGCCUAUGGAGAGAGAGGAGUCACCGACCAGGUCCCAGGAAGUGCAGUACUGCUGUUUGAUGUUGAGCUGGUUGAGAUAGAGGAGGGACUUCCUGAGGGCUACAUGUUUAUCUGGAACGAAGAGGUCCCCCCAGGCCUGUUUGCCAAGAUGGACAGGGACAACAGUGGAUCAGUGGAGCCCUCUGAGUUUACCGACUACAUCAUGCAGCAAGUGAAUGAUGGUAAAGGACGCCUGGCUCCCGGCUUCGAUCCCUACCGUAUUAUAGACAACAUGUUCUCUAACCAAGACCGCAACGGAGACGGAAAGAUCACAGAAGAGGAGUUCAAACUCAAAGCAGAUGAAACUAACCAUGACGAGCUAUGAUGGGACAGAGUGGAUAGUAGAUCUGGGUGUUGGGAAAGGGGUCUGGAAAUUGGGAAAUGGUGGGAACUUCUGUUGGUGGGUUGUUUGGUAGUGGGGGGAUAAAAAAAACAUUGAAUAGGAACUCUAUUCAGAUUUAGAUUUUUUUUUAUUUGAGGACUGAAAUAAUAUUGAACUAUGGUUAUUCUCACAUGAGAAUGGAAAACAAGGAUUUAGUUGUUUUUUUUUUUUUUUUAAAGAUAAAGACAAAUAUUUUAAAGUUUUGAUUUAAGGACUGAACCUGUUUGUUUACCUCCUUAAUUGUCAGACAUUCUAAAUUUUGUCUUUUAUUUUUAAAAGGUUUAUUAUUAUUAUUAUCUGAACAUUCAGCACUCCUUACAUUUUUACACUUUGUUUUUACAUGAGGGAAACUGUUAUUCUCCGUUUGUCAUGCUUCUUGCAGAAGCAAUGCUUUGGUGUGACUCUCCAGAGUUGGAUUUAAUAUGUUCUUUUCUGUGGUUUAUAAUGAACAUUUCCUAUAGUUUUCUGUUUGUGUUUUCUGCUGUUAAAAAUCCUCCUUCAGUUAUACUUGAUCUUUUUGAUCAAUGGUUGUGUCUGUUUUUCACCCUUUAACCUUUUGAGUUUAGGUUUUAUUGUGUGUAUCUGCGAGGGUGUGUGUGUCUGUUUGAGAAUAAUGUGUAACAGUAUGGGGGGGUGUCUGUUUUAUUUUGAAAAAGAAUGUGGCUUGAUGACAAAUGCGUGAGCUUGGUUCAAUAAAUGGUCUGACUUUAACAUC